UGACUCUUGUUUCAGCCACGAACACAACACCCAGUAGCAGCAGCAGCAGUGCACUACUGUACACUAGUGAGUGACGGUGGAUUACAGAACCGUAAGGAAAAAGCCAAUGAUGGAGGCUAGAAUGUGUAUAUACCUUGGUGCCUUGGUGCUGCUUCACGUGGGAUCUGCUGAACAUGGUAAUGAGGACACUGCACAACCAACACCAGAACGUGACCUGGAUUUCACCAGCCAUGCGCCCAUUAUUGCUCCAAAGGGCUCCAACUCCACUUCUACUGGCAACAGUACAGCAACACACUGGGAAAAAGCCACUGCGACGCCACAACCAAGCAGAGGGAACGCAACCAACAUGGAGUUAACCUCAGCGACGUCCAUCCCAGAAAAGUUCGUCAACCUUCCCGAUAACGUGACAUCAAAGCCUUCUGUUCCCCCGAUGCUGACCUCCCAAGCCCCCAACACAACAACUCCUCACAGCCCCUCGAACACAACCCACGCCGGCGCUACUUCACACCAGCCACCGGAGACACUUCCUGUCUCCACUACGCUAUCGAGCCGGACAGCUCCUAUGGAAACCCAUCCUCCCGCGUCCUCCCCCUUGUCCCGCACCACGUCACAUAAAACGCCGACUCAGCAAUCUACCACGUCCACUACCACUAUUUCCGCCGCCAACAACAAGAGCCGCUUCACCACCAGCUCAUCCAGAGAGACCUCCGCUUCUCGGACGACGACUCUCACGUUACCGCAGAGAACCUCCAGCCAAGCCCUCCUGCUGACCACCGUCGCCCCACCGAGCCUCACAUCCACGCAGACCAAACCGCAUCCAGACACCCCUUCGCAGCUCAAUGUGAAGGGUGACACCAUCAUGGUCCACGACUCCCCGAAGUUGGAUCCUCUGUUGGCCGGCUUGGUGUCGGCCUUCAUCAUCAGCGCCGCUGUCAUCACUCUGCUCCUCUUCCUCAAACUGCGACGACGAGACAACAGGCCGGAGUUCCGCAGGCUACAGGACUUGCCCAUGGACGACAUGAUGGAGGAAACACCGUUGUCCAUGUACAGCUACUGAUACAGGAUGCAAAGCCAAACAAUGACUCCUUCCCAAAAGCCUCCUUUCUUCAAGGGUGAUGAUAUUUGCCAUGAUUCAACUACCGGGUCUGUCCUCUUGUGAGUCUUGGUCCUGAAGAAUCCAGGUUUUGUGUGCCCACAUACGGUUAUGUGGGUAACUACUAUUUUAUCCAGGUCCAAUGGUGGCUGUGAUGUAAUACAUGGACGCCACCCAUGUCAAGUUCUGUGUCAAAGUUGUAUGCACCAAAUGAACCCAUGCUGCGCUCCAUUUACCAUAUUUCCUCCAAUAGUGGUCCAGUUACUAAUAAAAAUAAA